GUUCACUACUCCUAAGUGGUCGACCAAUAUAAGGGCAAGACAGAUUCUCAUUUGCUGCUCGCCAAGAUUACAGGACAAGGAAUAAUCAGUUUCUUGGAUUUUUGAAGAGGAAAAGAGAUCAGAGAAGGAUGGAGCUGACAUGGGCAGGAGCUCUGCUUCUUCUCUGUAUACUUUUCACCCUUUUCUCAUCCUUCCAAAUAUACAAGAAAAAAGGGCAGCUGCCCCCAGGACCCACCCCAUGGCCUUUUCUGGGGAACGUCUUGCAGCGAGAUGUGCUACCUUUGUACAAAUACUAUAAAAAGCUUACUGCAAAGUAUGGACCUAUAUUUACUGUCUGGAUGGGAUCAAAACCAAUGGUUGCACUUUGUGGAUAUGAGGUGGUAAAAGAUGCUUUGAUAGAUCAUGCGGAGGAAUUUGGUGGGCGAAGUGAAACAGCUGCACAUAGGCGAAUAUUCCACAAUAAAGGUCUGACCACCACAGAUGAGAAUAAAUGGAGGGAGCUGCGACGGUUCACACUGUCCACUUUGCGAGAUUUUGGGAUGGGAAAGAAAAGAAUGUCUGAAAGGGUCCAGGAGGAAGCCCUUUGCCUGGCAGAGCAAAUGGCUACCACAAAAGGGCAGCCUUUUGACCCAAGAAGGGGAUUUGCAAGUGCUGUUUCUAAUGUGAUCUGCGCAGUCGUCUUUGGCAAUCGAUUUGAUUCCAAAGAUCAAACCUUCAUAGAGAACCAGCAGAUAGUGGAGUCUCAAAUAAGAUGGUUUGGUGGUUUCCCAGGACUGGUGUACAAUACUUUUCCAAAUAUAAUGGAGUACGUCCCUGGGCAACACACCAAGAGUUUUGCUGAUGCUGAAAAACUCUCUGAUUAUAUCCGUGAGAAGGUGGAGUUCCACAGGAAGACGCUGGAUCCCCAGAACCCCCGUGACUAUAUUGAUUGCUUCCUCAUUAGACAGGAGAAGAACUUAUCUGAGGUUGUCUAUACUCCUGAAGAUCUUGUGAUGGCUGUGUUUGAACUCUUCAUUGCUGGGACAAUAAGCACCAGCCACACCUUGCUCUGCAGCCUCCUAGUGAUGGCCAAAUUGCCACACAUUCAAGCCAAGGUGCAACAGGAGAUCGAUGAGGUGGUGGGUGCAAACCGCACUCCAGGCAUGGAGGACCGGUUGAGGAUGCCUUUCACAAAUGCUGUUGUCCACGAGGUCCAACGGUAUCAGAAAGGGAGCCUUGAGAACUUUCCACGGGCAACAACCUGUGACACAAAAUUCCAUGGAUACAACAUUCCCAAGAACACGGCUGUUGUGCCAAUGCUCUCCUCUGUACAUUUUGAUCCUCUCCAUUGGGAGACUCCAGAGAAGUUCAACCCAGAUCAUUUUUUGGAUGAAAAGGGCCAGUUCAGGAAGAGAGACGCUUUCAUGCCAUUCUCAGCAGGGAAGCGGGCCUGUCCAGGGGAGGCCCUGGCUCGGAUGGAGCUCUUCCUGUUCUUCAGCACUCUGCUCCAGAAGUUCACCUUCCAUAUGGCUGGGGGCAGCAAAGACACAGAUUUAAUGUCUUUGCAAAUGAACUUCAUAACUAAGAAUCAAUACCCCCUUAUACGAGCUGUUAAACGUUCAGUGGACACUUGUGUUCAAUUGUUGCCUUAAAAACUCAGGCACCCU